AGGAGGGCGAAAUAUCAAUGUCAACGUUCGGAAAAGGAGGUGCCGGGGCGAAGGCGCUCGGCGGUAGACGAGUGUUUGGGUGAUAUGCAAGCGGCGCCGGCGCGCUACGUGUCUGUGAGCGAGCUGUACUCGACUGACGAAGUGGAGCUGCUGUUGGACGAGAUUCGCGAGCUGGAGCCCACGAGCUGCCGCGGCGAAGACGUGCAGGAUUUCGAGAUAGCGGGCAGCGGUUGCGGCGCGGGCGGCGGCGGGCGGUCUCCGUGCGGCACGGAGGGCACGGAGCGGUCGUGGGACUCGCACGCGCAGUACCGCCGCGCGCAGCCGCCCGCCCCGCGCGCGCUCGCGCCGCUCUACUGCCGCCCGCGCCAUCUGUGCACGCUGCGCGGCGCCGCGGCGCUCGCGGUGGUGGCGUGCUGCGCGGGCGCGGCGAUGUGCGUGUGGGCCGCCGUGGGGCUGCGGCUGCAGCUGCUGCCUCUAGCGGCGCGCGUGCAGCUGCUGCAGCUGGCCGCGCUCACCUCCUGCCUGCUGCACGCCGCGCUGCUGGCCAUGCAGCUCACCGGCCUGCACGCCCUCAUGCCCCUCGACUGGCACCGCCUGGGCACAUGGACGUCGGUAUGGAGCGGGGUGUCGCUCACGUGCGGCGGGGCCCUGACGCUGCACGCGCUGCUGUGCGCGCCCGAGUACCGCUGGGCGCCCGCGCACCUCGCGCGCCUGCUGUACUCCGCCUCGGGGCUGGGUCUAGGCGGGGCGUGCGCUUCGGGCGCUAUAGUGGGCGUGGCCAGCCGCGGCCUCUGCGUUUGUGGGCGGGGAGGGGGCGGGGCCGGGUCGGGGCGGGCGGGGUCGCGGCGCAGCGCGCGCGGGGCGGGCCCGCGGGCCUCAUACAGGGCGGUGCCUUCCGCGCCCGUGCCUUCCACCUCGCGCGACAACCCCUUAUAG